AUGGUUAACGAAAGCCUCGAAUCGAAGGAGAAUAACGACCAGGCUGGUAAAACAGUGCAAAUUAAUGGCAAUGGUCAUGAGAAAAAUCAUGAUGCUGAAGAUAACGGUCAUCAUGGCAAGCCGGUACAAAUUGUCAUAAGUGAAUCCGAACACAGUUUUCGCUUAAAUGAGACUGCUCUUGAAAAUAUACUACUCCAAAGCGACAUUCAAAAUAAGAAAGUAGUUGUGAUAUCCGUUGCAGGAGCCUAUCGGAAAGGCAAAUCGUUUUUACUGGAUUUCUUCCUCAGAUACUUAGAAAGAAAUAAUGAUAAAACGACUGACGACUGGCUAGGUAAGGACGAUGAGGUUCUUACUGGCUUUCCUUGGCGAGGUGGUUCUCAACGUGAAACUACUGGUAUAUUAUUAUGGGAUAAACCAUUUCUGUGCGAAUUACCCGACGGAGAAGAAGUUGUUGUAUUGAUAAUGGAUACACAGGGUGCAUUUGAUAAACAAUCUACGAUUAAGGAUUGUGCAGUUAUUUUUGCCCUAAGCACGAUGAUAAGUUCGGUCCAGAUCUAUAACAUUUCACAAAAUAUCCAGGAAGACCAUCUACAACACUUACAGAUAUUUACGGAGUACGGACGUGUAGCUUUAGAAGAUAAUAACUGUAAACCAUUUCAGGUCUUGCAAUUUCUGGUAAGGGACUGGAGUUACCCUUACGAGUAUCCAUAUGGCGAAAAAGGUGGUGCAGAUUUAUUAAAGGAAAGAUUAGAGAUAUCACCUGAGCAACAUGAAGAAUUACGACAGCUUCGGCAGCAUAUUCACUCGUGCUAUGAACAACUGAAUUGCUUCUUAAUGCCUCAUCCUGGAUUUGUUGUCUCAACAAAUCCAAAUUUUAAGGGUCGUUUAUCAGAUAUCCAGCCUGAGUUCCGAGAUUGUGUAAAAUCACUAGUGGGUUCAAUUCUUGCUCCUGAAAACUUGAUCGUUAAGAAGAUCAGCGGAUGUAAACUUACAUGUAAAGAUCUUCUAAACUACUUUAAGGCAUAUAUGGAAAUUUAUCAGGGCGAUGGCCUCCCUGAUCCCAAAUCCAUGUUCCAGGCAACCGCAGAGGCUAGUAAUGUAACUGCCUAUGGUAAAGCCAAAGAAUACUAUUCGAAAGAAAUGGAUAAGAUUUGCGGCCCAAGCUCUCCUUUUAUGAAGUUAGAAAUACUUAAAAGUAAGCAUGAAGAUAUUAAAGUGGAAUCUAUAAAGCAAUUUAAAACCGUACGAAAGAUGGGUGGAGAUGCUUAUAGUCAAAAGUAUUUAGAAAAAUUAACCAAAGAAAUUGAUGAGGCUUUCGAAAGAUAUGAAGUAGAAAAUGAAAGUAAAAAUGUUCUGAACAUCUUUCGCACACCGAUAACGUUAGCGGUGAUGAUGGUAGUUCUAUACCUAUUAUCCGGAAUACUGGAAUUUGCCGCGUUAAGGAUGCUAUCGAACUUAGUUGAUUUAUGCACAACCUUAGUCUUUUUCGCUAUCAGUUUAUGGUCUUACAUAAGAUAUACUGGUAAAUAUACCGCAGUUGGUGGAAAAAUUGAUGACGUUGCUAAUGCUAUUUGGGAACAAGCUCUUGAAAGUGUUAUGACAUUUUUGGCCCAGAAAAGUACAGAGGCUUUAACAAAGAACAUUCAAACGAAAAAAAAUCAAUAG